GUUGACGUUGCAGAGGGAGUUGACCGAGACAUCUCAGAUGUUGCCGGAUGCUGCUCGCCGACCAGACCUACGAGGAGGUGCCACCUCCACUCCCGGCGCAUGUCCUCUCCCUCCUCAGGCUCUAUAGGAUAUCCCCGCAGCUUCUUUGCAUCAACAGGAACAAUGCCUGCUCAUCGAACGAGGCGGUCCACCUGCAGCAGCGACUGAGGAGCCUGUCCAGCGAGCUGGUCACACUUCGCAACCGGCUCGGCCAGCCGCAGCCUCCGGUUCCCGCUCCCGUCAACCAGGAUAGCCCAGAUCCAGAUAAAGCUGGAGGGGAGGCUAUGCCCCCAUGGGGGGCUGACAUAGAGGACCUCAUCCACCUCCCUGGUCCUCUGACAGAAGACGCAGUGCUCAAGGCACUUCAUGCAAGGUUCAUUGACAAUCAUACCUAUACAAAUGUUGGCCCCAUCUUAGUCUCAGUAAAUGGCUACAAUGACGUAGGCAACCCACUUACCCUGAGCUCAACCAGAAGUGUCCCCCUCAGCCCCAAACUGCUUAGGGUCGUUCAAGAAGCAGUGAGGCAUCAGUCAGAGACUGGAUAUCCUCAAGCUGUUAUACUUUCAGGGACAUCUGGUGCUGGGAAAACCUAUGCUUCCAUGCUACUCUUACGACAGUUGUUUGAAGUUGCUGGAGGUGGUCCUGAGACAGAUGCUUUCAAGCACCUCGCUGCUGCCUUCACUGUCCUUCGUUCACUUGGCUCGGCCAAAACCACAUCAAAUUCUGAAUCUAGUCGUAUUGGUCAUUUCAUUGAAGUCCAAGUAACAGAUGGAGCACUGUACAGAACCAAAAUUCAUUGUUACUUCCUUGAUCAGACAAGAGUGAUCCGACCAUUAAAAAAUGAAAAAAAUUACCAUAUAUUUUAUCAAAUGCUAGCGGGCCUAUCACCAGAAGAGAGAGUGAAACUGAAUCUUGAUGGUUACAACCUUCAUAAUUUAAGUUAUCUCAAGUGCGGAGACACUAGGCAAGAUGAAGCAGAAGAUGCUACCAGAUUUCAAGCAUGGAAAGCAUGUCUAGGUGUUCUUGGCAUCCCUUUUAUGGAUGUUGUUAGGGUAUUAGCUGGGGUGCUACUUCUUGGUAAUGUCGUUUUUGUUGAUUCAUGUGGAUCAGUGGAAGUUACAGUUCAAAAAGAAGCUGAGCUGAAUGCAGUUGCAUCCCUAUUAGGGGUUACUCCUCAGGCAUUAUUGAGGGGUAUAACUUCUCGUACUCACAAUGCAAGAGGACAGAUCAUCAAAUCAUACUGUGAUGCUAACAUGUCUAAUAUGAUAAGGGAUUCUCUCGCUAAGGCACUUUACUGCAGAACAGUUGCAACAAUCGUCAGGAGAGCAAAUUCACUUAAAAGAUUAGGCUCAACCCUGGGUACCCUGAGUAGUGACUCUAAUGAGUCCGUCCACAACCAAGCUGAGGUGGCUAGCCAGCAUGCUUCUACAGUUGGUACUGCUGGUUCUAAGUCCAGUAAAUCUAUGACUGCAUUGAACAAUGCAGUUCGACAUGCUACUGAUGGCUUUAUUGGAAUUCUGGACAUGUUUGGAUUUGAGGAUCCCAAGCCAAGUCAUUUGGAACAUCUCUGUAUAAACUUGUGCUCAGAAACCAUGCAACAUUUUUAUAACACUCAUAUCUUCAAGUCUUCAAUUGAGAGCUGCCGGGAUGAAGGGAUCCAUUCUGAUGUUGAAGUCGACUAUGUGGACAAUGUACCAUGUAUUGACCUCAUUUCAUCACUGAGAACUGGUCUCCUUAGCAUGCUGGAUGUUGAAUGUUCCAUCCGUGGUUCUGCAGAAGGAUAUAUUACCAAAGUGAAAGCUCAGCAUAGAUCUAAUAGUAGGCUAUUUGAACCAAAGCCUAUUGAACCCAGAAUGUUUGGUAUUCAGCAUUUUGCUGGCAGGGUUGUUUAUGAUGCUACUGACUUUUUAGAUACAAACAGAGAUGUAGUACCAGAUGAUCUAGUAGCAGUAUUUCAUAAGCAGAGCUGUAACUUUGGAUUCGCCACACAUCUAUUCGGAAGUGAGCUUAAAGCGCUUUAUUCUUCUGAUACAGUUCCUAGAGGAGUUAGUUUCAGGAUUUCUCCAACUUCACAUUCUGACCUCUUGAAUGGCGAUGAACCUGUUUCAACACUGACUCAGGACUUUCAUACAAGAUUGGACAAUCUUCUGAGAACACUAGUACAUGCAAGGCCACAUUUCAUUCGUUGUGUGAGAGCAAAUGCUACAGAGACCCCUCAGCGAUUUGAUAGAGCUGUUGUCAUGAGGCAAAUUCGUUCUUUACAAGUACUUGAAACUGUCAAUCUUAUGGCUGGAGGAUUUCCCCAUCGAAUGAGAUUUAAGGCGUUCUUGUCAAGAUAUCGAGUGAUAGCUAGGGCAACAGAUGUGAGAAGAGGAGAAGAGAAAUAUGUUGAGGACUGUCAUACGAUCCUCAGCUGUCUGGAAGGCAAGCCGAGGCCGGCAGGACUAGUGGUCACCUGGGCCAUUGGCAAGAGGCACAUCUUCCUCAGUGAAGGUCUUCGGCAAGAACUGGAAGCGGUCAGGUGGGAAACUCUCCAUCGAGCUGCUGUUACUAUUCAGUCUGUUUGGAGAGGCUACCAUUGUAGGAAGCGUUGGCCUGCACUUAAGCGUACUCUACAGGCUGUCCAUCAUCCUUCAAUCACAAAAGUAAGAAGUGCAGUUGGGCCAUUGUCACGACCAAGGCCGCAACCAAUUGCUGGCACACCACCACCAGAACUGACUGAUAAGUGCGAUCACAAAAUAAUUGCACAAACUUGCACCCUGUUUGGUCUUGAUCUUGAAAGACCACCACCAGUACCUCCUAGUCGUCCUUAUACUGUGGCUGGUAACACUAAGCUUGGAUACCCACAAACUAGAAUCAUGAAAAUGCCAUUUCCAGAUGAUGGGAGUGGAGAAGUCUCUCUGUUGAAAGGUGAUACUGUGACAGUUGUAGGAGCGUCACCAAGAAGAGGGCACCUUGUCGUCGAACAUUCCAGCCAUAGUCUGCAUGUGCCAUUCCAAUUUCUGGAGCUUAAACCAUCACCAUUAACUAUCUAAUUCUGGGUCGUUUUCUUAAAUCUGUGAAUUUCUGAUUUAUAUAAAAUUAACAUUAAUUUGAAUUUUUGUACAGUAAUGCUAAUACUUUUGUAGAAUAUGGUGUCAAUGUCAAAAAUUCUUGACAAUGCAGUGUAAAGUAAGAGAGAAGGACUCAAUAAUUUAUUAAAAUUCUCAAUAGUAUAUUUUACAAACGCUUAUCUCAGUUUUUUAUUCUAGUUUGCAAGACCUAUUAGUUUCUAUAUAGCUAAAUAUUUACCAAUAUUCCAGUUUUCAUGUCUAAAAUAAUAUUUUUGUUUUCAGCAACACUAUAUGAAAGCUAUAGUAAAUUUAAAAACAAAAGUGUCUGUUCAAAAUAUUAAUAUUUAGUUUGCGUUGUAUUAUUCAUUAUGAAAAAUAACCAUUCGAAAGGUAUAAGUGUACUUUUACAUUUCAAACUGAAUUAAAAACAAACAAUAUCCACUAUGGAUAGCAAAGUAAAUGGAUAAGGAUAAAUCUCAAGGAGCCUGGACCUCAUCUGAGGCCCUUCUGUCCCAACUGUGUUAGUUAUUAAAUCAAAACAAUAGGCUUAAUAAAUAAAAAGUAAUUAAAUGAUUAUAUGAUACUUAUGGAUAUGAGUUAGAAUAAUGCUUAUUUUUUUAGAAAUUUUCAUUACAGCCCUACCAGCUGUAAUAAAAUUAAUAUAAUGCAAUUGAAAUGUUAUGAUGGAUAAACACAUGCAUAUCUUGUUUAUUAAAAACAGGAGUAGUGCUGUUAAUUCUUUUAUUGCUUUUCUUUCUCAAUUUUAAUUUUACUCUCUUCAAAUUUAGUUCAAGUGAAAUCAAAGAAAGACAAUGGUGUUAUGUAUAAUUACCUGUUGUAUGUGAAUAUGCUAAUUAGUAAGAAAAUAGACACCUAGUAUUUAAACAAUCAAAAUAAAAAGUUUUUUUUUAGUUUGUUCAUAUAGUGAAUGUAUUAAUUUUAGUAGGAAUGUUCAUAUUGAAUAGUCUCUUAAACUUUUACUUGAUUUUUUUGUAUGUCAUGAAAGUUUUAAAAUGUUUUAUUGAUAUUUCAAAACCUUACAAUAUAAAUCUUAGAACUUAUAUAUAAUUUUUGAUAUAUAUAUAUAAAGUAUUUAAAUUGUGAUAGAUAAAAUUUCUAAGUGAUGGAGAAAAAGUUUCGGUUUAUUAACUUCUUGGAUUGAGGAUUUUUACUAUUCCACCAUUUUUUAAUGGGUACACAAAUUAAUUUCAUAAUUUAUUUUAUUAGAUUUGAAAUGAUUUAUUUAAUAUCAGUUUUAAAUAUGUAUAUUAUUUGUUUUAAGUAAAUGUUGGUCAUCUAUGAGCAUAACCAGCCCCAUCAUUUUAUCGUUUACUUUUCUGGAACUAAGAAAACUUUUGAAAAAAUAAAUUUAAGAUAAUAUGGACAUAACAAUUAUAGCUAGUUUUGCAAAUAAACAAAUGUUUAGUAGUAAACUUCUUUAACGGUAGCUGUUGACUAUUUAUUCAUAAUUUAGUUGGAUUUAAAUUUUAUUGAUAAUGAAAAUUUGCUGAUUAUAAUACAGAUUUAUAUUUAAGUGCAGCUAAAAUCUAUUUGUCUGUUUUUAUUCAGUAUCCUGAGAACAUAUUUAAUCUUUUUAUUCAUUAUUGUGUUACCAGUAUUGAAUUUAGAACAUUAUAAGGUCAAUUUUUGGUUUGUUGAAAUAUUUGUGAAAUUAAAUAAAUUUAGUAGUAAAACCUCUAAGAUAAACCUAGUAGUAGUUACUUCAUUAAAUAAUACAUAUUUUGAAUAAUGUCUGUUUUUCAUAAAUCAGCAUAUUUUUCUACAUCAUUUUAUGUUAUAACAAAUGUAUAGUGCAAUUUAGACUUUAUCCGUCCGUUUAGACAUAGAAAAUUAAGAUUUAGAUUCUGUGUGAGAUAGUUUGUUUUGAUCUUCUGACUAUCAUACAAAAUUGUUAUGAUAAAUUCUUAGUAUAUUGUCAUGACAGAUAAUUCUUAUGUAAUUAGUUAUUUCAUAGUUGAACAUGUCUUUCAAACAAUUAUGUAAAAUUAUCUAUAAUUUUCUCUUAUUGAAAUAAGGUUUGUAUUGUAUACACGCUUUCUAUGAACAUAAUUAUGUAUAGAUUGAUUUAUAUGUUCAUACUUAUAUUGUAAAUAUUAAUAAAUCUUAGUUUGUUGCAAAUGUUUCUCUGACUUCUUUUAUAGAAUCAUUGUUUUGCCAAGCUUGAUACAUGUGUAUGCUAUUAGCUGUUAGUAUUUAUCAGUUAAAUGUAUUUUAUUGCAUUUUUCUGUUCUUCCAUGCAAUUAAAUAUUGAGAAUUUUUAUAAUGCAAUGUCCUACACUUUUAUUUUUUACAUGAAAGCUCAAAAAGAGUGUUUCUUACUUUCUUGCCAAACAUUUAACGAGUACAAUUGUAAAUAUUAAAAUAAUGAGGCAUAGCAUACCCCUAUAGUUAUUAUAGCCUUAAUGAUAAGAUGGAAUGCAAUACUAUUUAUUUUUUUGUAUGAUACAUUUAUGUAGGAGGUUUAGAAAAACUUUGAGUAUCUCUAACAGUGCCAAACUUUUCCUAGUUUAGGAAAAUUAAAAUUUUAUAUUAUUAUCAGCAUUGUUAUAUUAUUAAAUAUUCUUUAUAUAUAGGCAAUUGUUUAUUAAAGAAAUUUUUUAUUAUCUGUUUGUAUAAAUAAACACUUUUCCAUUCAACUUUUUUUUUUAAUUGUAUUAUUUGUUUAAAGAUAAAUUAUCCAUUGAUUUUUUUUAUUACAAUCUAUAUGUAAUAAAUGAUUAUCAGCAAAAUGAAUAAAACAAAUUAAAAGUAAACAAAAUUCAAUAUGUUUACACUCAAAUACCUAUGAAGGAUCUAGUCCGUAAGAUGGCAACCACUCUACUCCAACUGUUGCAUGCCAAAUGGAACAUGAAAUGACCACGAG